AUGGACAUUACCGAUGACAGCACUAGCGCUGUUGUUGAGACUCAGAGACAGAAUAAGAAUCUGGUAGUAGACUUACCAAAAACAGAAGUCAGGGUGGUAAUAGUUGUUCAACCAUCACCAAAGUGUGUCGUAAAUGAACCGCAGCCACAGCCGCCUCCACCCGAAAUUACGGCUGCGUCGACUGCCAAUAUCCGCACUCGCAUACCAUCUCUUCUCCGCGGUCAACUUCGCGAGUACCAACAUGUUGGACUCGAUUGGCUAGCCAGUCUAUAUAACAACGGACUAAAUGGUAUUCUCGCUGAUGAAAUGGGUUUGGGUAAAACAAUUCAAACUAUUGCUCUACUGGCGCAUCUUGCUUGCGAAAAAGGUGUAUGGGGUCCUCAUCUCAUUGUCGUGCCGACAAGCGUCAUUAUUAAUUGGGAAAUGGAAUUCAAGAAAUGGUGUCCUGGUUUUAUUAUCUUAACUUAUUACGGCAAUGCUAAAGAGCGCAAGCAAAAACGGCUUGGAUGGUUUAAAGAACAUAGCUUUCAUGUAUGUAUUACUUCUUACCAAUUAGUGGUUCAGGAUGCUAGCAUAUUUAAGAAGAGAAAAUGGCAUUAUUUAAUACUCGAUGAAGCACAUCAUAUAAAGAACUUUAGAUCUCAGCGAUGGCAGACUCUGCUUAAUUUUAAUUCGCAGAGGAGAUUGCUACUUACCGGAACGCCUUUACAAAAUAACUUAAUGGAAUUGUGGUCUUUGCUCUAUUUUCUGAUGCCACAAGGAAUAACAAAAAAUAUGCCAUCUGGAUUCGCUAAUCAGAAGGAGUUUCAAGAAUGGUUCUCGCACCCUGUUGAUCGAAUGAUUGAGAGUAAUGACCAAGUCGACGAAGAUGGGCGUGCUGCUGUGACUCGGCUUCACACUGUUCUGCGUCCAUAUAUUCUUCGACGUCUUAAGCGUGACGUGGAAAAGCAGUUGCCAAGAAAGCGAGAAAUAGAGGUCAGAUGCCGUCUAUCAAAGAGGCAAAGAUUUCUGUAUAGUGAUUUUAUGUCGCGUGGCACUACAGUAAAUACUCUUCGAUCGGGAAAUUUCUUGGGCAUUAUUAAUUGUCUCAUGCAGUUGCGCAAAGUGUGUAAUCAUCCGGAUCUGUUUGAAGUACGUCCCAUUCGUACAUCAUUUGCCAUGUCGCGGUCAGCUAUUGCAGAUUAUGAAAUCAAAGAAUUUCUUAUACGGAGACGGGUAUUUAGAGAUUCCGAGGAAAAUAAGUUGAACAUUGACUUUCUCAAUCUUCAGCUUGUGAACUUUGAACUGAACGAAGAUUGGUUGACAUGGAGUGAGCUAGCUCGCAUAUCUCCUGAAAGUCUGAUUUAUCAGAAGAUUGAUUGGUAUGGAGCAGUGAAGAGGGGAACUUGGUCAGCUUCAAAGUGUAUCGAUUAUAAUAGUAUUACGGAGUUCCAGCGCAAUAUUCAGCACCGCUCUAGACUUGCAAUUAAAGCCCGAUGGGAAUAUAUUCGUUAUGUUAACGCGUUUCGCAGUAAACGUCGCCCAUUAUACGGCACUGGAUUGGUCAGGUUAUGUAAGAUGCUGGGCUCUGUUCCCGUGGAAAGAGCAUUGAUUGAUUCUAAUAAUCCCAAGAAAUACUGGUCGACGAUGUCCAGUCUCGCUGCUUUAGUCAAGUCGCCCGCUCAACGAUAUGCCGAAACGGAAGAGAUAAUAAAGCGUUACGCUUUUGUCACUCCAGCAGUAGUAGCUCGCGACUUGGUGAAAUAUACAUUGACCAUGAUGUCGGACGAGUUACGCCAUAAAAUAAAUACGGAAAUAGAUGAUAUAUAUCAUCCCAUUAGGGUCAAGCUACAGAUAGCGUUUCCUGACAAGUGGCUGGUGCAGUACGAUUGUGGUAAACUACAGAAACUGGAUGUACUGCUUCGUCAAUUGAAAGCUGAGGGUCAUCGAGCUCUUAUAUUUACUCAGAUGACUCGU